AUGACAAGUAACAAUGAUAGUUUAAUACCAAUAAUUGAAAAAAUUUGUACUAUAAGUACAAUUGGAUUGUUUUUAACUGGAAUACAAAUAUGUAAUCGAAUUUAUCGUAUGCGUUCAACAGGUGAUAUAUCAGGUUUUCCAUUUGUAGCCAUAUUAGUUAAUUGUACUCUUUGGACAUUAUAUGGUUAUUUAGCUAAUAAUUCAACACUUAUUGUUGUUAAUUUUAUAGGAGCUACUUUACAAACGAUUUAUACUUUGUUUUAUCUUCAAUAUACAUCAGAUCGUACUUCAUAUAUUCGUUUAAUUGGAUCGGCUGUUUUAUUUCUUGCCGUAGUUAUUUGUUAUUUUCAAUAUUUUGUAUCUGAUCCUAAUGUAGCGGUUUUUUAUGCUGGUCUCGUUGCAUGUGUUACUACUGUGAUUAUGUUUGGUUCACCAUUAGCUUCUCUUCAAGAAGUUGUUCAAAAGCAAAGUACUGAAUCACUUUCAUUACCAUUAUGUUUUGCCAAUCUUAUUGUACCUAUUGAAUGGGUUCUCUAUGGUAUUUUAAUUGGUGAUAAAUUUGUUCAAAUACCUAAUUUUCUUGGUGCCAUAUUGGGUUUUAUUCAAGUAUAUCUUUUUUAUAAAUAUCCUCGUCGAUCUGGUUUAAUACCAAAAGCAACAAAUCUUGGAGUAAUUUAA